AUGGAGGCCGCCGCUUCGCAUCCGGCAGGUGAUUGGGAGGUUUGUCGCCACAGAUACAGGUGGGAGCAUCUCCGGGACGAGUCUCAGGCUUUGCGCCUGAGGAGAAGAGGUUGCGAAGACGAUGCAGAGAACAGCAAGGCUACCGCGCACCGCAAGCCCAGGAGCAGUUCUCGGGCAAUGCUGCCAGCCGUAGCACACAGCACUGGGCCCUGCGUGCCUCACAUCGGCCAGGCAGCGAUGUGGGCCACGGCCCGUGUCCAGUGCGAAUGUCCGGGCUUUGCUGCAGGCUUUGCGGUUUCGCUGCUCUCCGUCUACCGAGCCUCCUUGGGCGAGCGGCUCGUGUGCCUUCGCCUCUGGCCCUGGGCACUGCGCGAGACUCCGAAAGUCGCGACGGAUCGUGAUGCGACGCCGCGGGCCCAGCAAUGCAGAUGUUUGCACCUGCCAGUGGCCCUGAUGCCCUCGGAGUGUCCCAAUCGCGCCUUUCUGAGCUGCAGCGGGCCGCCUUGGACUGAGAGUGCAGCGGCGACAUUGACAAGCAAAGGCAUAGUGCGACUCGGAAAGGCUUAA